AUGCGCCACCAGAAGUUGGUGGUGGCUUGUGACGUAUUCCUACAUCACUCUUCGUACACUGCUCUUAUUCCUCCUUCUCUUCCGUUGACAGUGGGGAGCACCUUGGUCUACCGACAGUUCACCAUCUCCAACAUGUCCGCCAUCACCAUCGUCGAAAGCUUGGAGCAGAGCAACGAAAUCGAGAUUGAUCUCUUUGAGUGGACGUUAGUGGGCAUCACCACUGUCAUCGGUGGCAUGAAGCUCCAAUGCUACAACAGACACGAUGCGUGUGGCAAGCUCAAGGAGCGCAUAUUGGACAGCGCUUUCCUUCGCAACACCGAGCUGAAUACUGCCCUUGGUUUGAAAAACGGCACUCCGCCAUCUGAACAGCCCUCAGGCCUCUCGCCCAAGGACAAUGGCAAUGUGGCUCAUACAAUCAACAACGCAAUAUGCCAAAACAACGACACGCAGGACUCAGAUGCAGAUAGAGCUGGCAAUCUAGAUGCCAAGAUGGAGAACGAGGAUAGCCAUGCCUUGGACGAUAUAUACAUGACAUGUGACAUGGCCGCAGAAGUUGAGUGUCGCCUGCAGAAAGUAGCGAAUCUGCUCUACCGCACGAGACAGCACGCUGCGGUGGCAGAUCUGGACAAGACCUUGAAAUCGAUGGACGAUAUCCGCAAUGCGCUUGGCAGGCAGCGCAAACGUUACGGGGACCAGCGGCUUUAUCAGUCUGCUGAGCUCAAGAGGAUAUCCAAGGACAAGAGGAGGGACUGUGCUGAAUAG